CAAAGAUCCCUCGCCUUGAAGAACACUCAAUUAUUUAAUAGCAAAACCGGGCUCCUUUCUAAAAGUAAAUAGGUCUAUAAAAACAAACUUAGUCCGCAAACUUGUAAGUUUCAAACUCAUCUUCUUGUGUAGCUGUGUAGUUAAAGAAAAAGAACAAGAAAAAGAAAAGAAAAAAUGGACGGCCUCUCAAAUGCAUUUUCGGUGCUAGAGCUAGACGCUGAAGAUGAUCGAUUGCAGUCCGCCUCUGCUGCUUCCCCACUCGAAGUGCCCACUUGCUCUGCCACUGCAGGUAAACGUGCAAAGAAAGUUAACGGCCUUGAUGACAAAUUGCUGGUAGAAAAAGAAAAGCAGUGUCAACAAAACAUAGUGAUGCCUUCAGUAGUGUACAAAUUGCCCCUUGUGUGGAUUGACUUGGAAAUGACUGGUUUAAAUGUUGAAGUUGAUAGAAUACUGGAGAUUGCUUGUAUUAUUACAGAUGGUAAUCUGUCCAAAACACUCGAGGGCCCUGAUUUGGUUAUCCAUCAAAAUAAGGAGUGUCUAGAUAGGAUGGGUGAAUGGUGUCAAAGUCAUCAUGCAGCAAGUGGGUUGACAGAAAAGGUGGUCCGAAGUACAAUUAGUGAAAAAGAAGCUGAAAAGCAGGUUAUGGAAUUUGUAAAGAGAAAUGUUGAUGUUGGUACAUACACACCUCUUUUGGCAGGAAAUUCAGUUUACGUGGAUUUUCAAUUUCUAAAGAAAUACAUGCCAGAUUUGGCUGCUCUUUUCUCUCAUGUAGUUGUUGAUGUUAGCAGCGUUAAAGCUUUAUGCAUUCGCUGGUUUCCUAGAGAUAAGAAGAAAGCCCCUUCAAAGGAAAAUAAACACAGAGCCUUGGAUGACAUCAGAGAGAGCAUAAAGGAACUUAAAUAUUACAAGGAGACUAUUUUCAAAGCAUCCAAAUCUAGGAAGUGAUGCACAAGGAAUUGCCGCAGAAGGAUUACCAUGUGGAAAGGUCUACGGUUGAUCAUCGCUUGUUACAAUAUCAUUUGAUUUAUCCAACUUAUGGACAUAUUAUGGGCUGUAUUUUGAUUUAACAAAUAGAAGUUUGGAUCCAAUUCCGUUAGUUCUUUUUUGUAGGUUGUCUUGGUUAGGCAGAUUCUCUACUCUGCGUAUCUAAAUCUACAUCUAAGGAUCUUGAUCCCGUUAGAUUUCAUGUGACCUCUAAUAUGAUUCUUAUCAAUGGCAGUGAAUGAAAUAAUAAAUCAGCAAUAAUUCAAAAC